AUGAACUUGUGUCUGUUGACAUUGUUACUACAAUGUCUGCUAGUUCAUUUAGCUAAUGGUCAAAGUAGCUCGGAAUGUACCAGUCUUGAUAUCCAAAAGAUUUGUAUCGACCAAGAAUCCUGCGAUGAAUGUUUGCAGGCUCAUGUUUGCUGUAGCUGGUGCUACGAUGAGAACUACAAUGAAAGAAGAUGCAAUAUUCAAAAUAAUUUAAAAGAAUGCGAUUCCAGGAAAAUAGAAAUAGGUGCGAAAUCAAGCCUAACCUUUCUAAAGGACCACCCGUUUACUGUUAUUAAAGAAGAAGUAAACCUGGAUUCUCAAGAUAUAGUUCAAAUAAGACCGCAGAAGAUUCAGCUGAAGCUAAGAAAAGGCGUUCCCGUGACUUUCACCUUCACGUACAAGCCAGCGGAAAACUACCCGCUCGACCUGUACUACCUGGGCGAUCUGAGCCAGUCGAUGAGCCAGAACAUCGAGGUGUUCAAAUCGCUGGGCAAAGACCUGCCCAACCACUUGACGAAGUUAACGAAGAACUACAAACUAGCGUACGGAUCGUUCGUGGACAAGCCCGGCAUGCCGUUCUACCUCACCGCUCCCUUCUUCUACGACAACCCCUGCAGCAUCGAGCUGGGCAACUGCGAAAAGGGCUACCUGUUCAAGCACCGGCUGGAUUUCACCAACAACUUCACCAAAUUCCUGGAGAAGGUUGAAAACAGCAACCUUACCGCCAACGUGGACGAUUUGGACGGCGCCUUGGACGCUAUAUUGCAGAUACUCAACUGCGAGGACGUCAUCGGCUUCUCCAAGAACUCCAGGAAAAUUAUUUUGCUGCCAACGGACAGUUUGUUGCACUCUGCAGGCGAUGGGGUCUUGGUAGGGGCGGCUUUAAAGACCACCGAGCAUUGCAUGCUGGACCAAAACGGUGAACAUUCCGAGCCUUUGAAGUACGAUUAUCCGUCUUUGGAGCAAAUCGAUGCAUUAAUUCGACAAAAGAAGGUGAACAUAAUUUUUGCCGUGAAGACCGAAACUAAAUUACAAUAUUACAUGAAUAUGACGAAGGAUUCUUUGAAAGGAUUUGUGUAUGUGGCGGAGUUGGAGGAACAGUCGAAAAAUAUUCUAGAUUUAAUUAAAAGCGGUUUCUACAGUUUUGUAGAACAAGUGACUUUCAGCAUAAAUCAAACGUAUGCCGAAAAUUUAGAUAUAAAAUUUUUCGCCGAUUGCGAAAACGUUAACAGAUUCAACCAAACUUCUACCUGUUACCACGUAAAAGACAAACCUGUAAGAUUCAAGGUGCAAAUCACGCUAAAAGAUAUACCGUUGGGAAAAUACAAUGAUACGCUAUAUGUAGAAGAAAAAAAUAUUAACGAGAAAAUAGAGUUAAACAUCGACUAUUUGGAAUCCUGUAAAUGCCAAAAUUAUGAGUACAAAGAUAAAAUCAAAUGUGUGCAUGGAUUUCUCAAAUGUGACAAAUGCACUUGCGAAAAUGGAUGGAGUGGAACAGAUUGUUCAGAAGAAUGCAGCUACGAUGAAACAUCAUGUCGAAUUUUCGACGAAAACGAAAAUACAUACUCGAGAAUUUGCAGUAAUAACGGUGAUUGUGUAUGUGGAAAAUGCAAGUGCGACGAGGCUUUCAUUGGCGAAUACUGCCAAUACAAAUGCAACGGCAAAAGAGUGGGCGACACCUUCCAGAUAUGCGGCGGACCCGAGAAAGGUACAUGCUUCGAAGGAAAGUGCCACUGUAUGACUGGAUACACGGGAGAAGAUUGCUCCUGCUCCACCUCGCAGCAGGAAUGCUUAUUCAGCACAAUGGAUAAGCCUUGUAGCGGUAAAGGCGAUUGCGUUUGCAACAAGUGCACCUGCAGGGACGAUUAUACUGGCCAAUAUUGCGAAAAAAGCAAAUACGGAGGGAACAACACGAUUUGCGAUGCGUACGAAUCCGCUGUGCGAGACGCCUUGGGCAACAACGGCUCGAAAAUCAUAGAGAAAAACGGGCAAACGGUGGAGAUAAUCGACGAAUCCGCUGCAAAUGAAUUAUCCUGCAGUGAUGACAUACCGUGCACGACAAUGGAAUACCAAGGGAGAAUUCGCUGUAUUUUCGAAUAUUGCUAUUACGGCGACCAAAACUACACGAUAGCCGCUCGAAAAAUUUGCAUGAUGACCGCCGGGUUCAAAACCGUAGUGUCCGGGCUGUCCGUGUUGUGCGCUGUCAUUUUCCUGGGUCUAAUGGCGAUAGCGUAUUACAAAUUCAAAAUUUACAGAGAUGAUAAACUGGAAUACGAGCGUUUCAUUGCGCAAAAUAAGAACGCCGUCGAGAUGAACCCCAUUUACAAAAGUCCGGUUACUCAUUACGAUAAUCCGUUGCGAACCAAAUCGGAUUGA